AUGGUUGAGAAGUUAUAUAAAAGAACAAAAGUAAUUGGUAAAGGGAAAUUUGGCACUGUAUAUAAAGGUCAUAGUAUUAAAUCCAAAAAAGUAUUUGCAAUUAAAGUUUUAAAUCUCGAUUGUGAUAUAAAUGAAAUUCAAGAUAUUCAAAAUGAAAUUAAAUUUUUAUCUUUAUUAAGAUACGCUCCAAAUAUUACAUAUUAUUAUCAUUCAUAUUUAAUUAACAGAAAAAUCUGGAUAAUUAUGGAAUAUUGUAACGGUGGUUCUGUGAGAAAUUUAAUUAAAAUUGGUAGAUUUAAUGAAAUCUAUAUUAGUGUUAUAUUAAGAGAAUUAUUAUAUGCAUUAGAAUAUAUUCAUCAUGAUAAUAUUAUUCAUAGAGAUAUAAAAGCUGCCAAUAUUUUGAUUAAUCAAAAUGGUGGUAUUAAACUUUGUGAUUUUGGUAUUGCUGCUAAAUUAGAGUUUUCUAAACCAAAGAGACAGACAAUGGCAGGUACACCAUAUUGGAUGGCACCUGAAGUUAUUAUUGAAAGCUCAUUAUAUGAUACAAAAGCUGAUAUUUGGUCAGUAGGUAUUACUGCAUAUGAGAUUACGACGGGGAAUCCACCCUAUUGUGAAUAUGAUGCAACAAAAGCCAUGCAGUUGAUUACAAAAUUGAAACCACCAAGAUUAGAAGGCAAAAUGUAUAGUAAGAGUUUAAAAGAAUUUAUUGCAUUAUGUCUAGAUGAAGAUCCUAGUGAAAGAUUAACAUCCACUAAAUUAUUAGAGACUGAAUUUAUAAAAGAAUAUCAAGAAACUCCUACUAAGAUAUUGAUUGAUCUAAUUUCUAAAUAUAAUGAAUUAAUUGGAAGGGAAAAGGAACUAAAUCCAUUGACUAAAAAACAAUCUAAUUCAAGUUCUAACUCUAAAGAAAAAUAUAUAGAAAAUAAAAUAUUAGAAAAUUCUAACUCAAAGUCCAAGAAAGAUGGAGAUAUAGUUAAAAUUGUUCAACAAGUCAUUGAAGAAGAAAACACAAGAUGGGAUUUUGACUCAAUAAAUUCCAAUGAAUUAUUAUUUAGAGAUAACAAGACACCCAUAUAUACCAAUAUUAACACCAAUCCUAAUACAGCUGCCAACACACCCACAAGUAAUAAUAUUUUUGAUGAAGUAGCAGUGAAAGAACAUAUUGAAUAUCCUGAAGAUGAACCUUUAUAUUAUAACAAUAUGUUAGAUAUUGGUAAGAAAAAUAAUUUAAUUAAUUACAAUAAUAUGAAUAAAAAAUUUCAAAAUUAUAGAAAGACAAUUAAUGAAAAUCUAACAAUUAAUUUGAAUACAAAUACUAAUAAUAUUUACAUGUCUAACAAUAUUAAGCAAUCUAUUAAUAUGAACCCUCUAUCACAGCCUAAAUUCGAUAAUGAAUUUAUAAAAUGCACAGAUAUAAAACCGAAUUGUAAUUCAUAUGCCACUAAAAUGUUACUUGAAUUAUUUGAUGAUGAUAUUAAUAAUGGCAGUGGUGGUAACAGUAAUACCAAUAAUAAUAAUUAUAGUAGUGGCCAAAAUAACAACAACAAUAAUAAUAUUAACAGUAUUAAUCCUGAUGGUAAUGAGUAUAAUGAUUUAAUGAAUCCUAUUGAAAUUAAUGGUUUUAAUAAUUCUAUUAUUGGUAUGAAUUUUUUCGAUAUGGAAAUUGAUAAUAAGAAAGAAUAUCAAGAAUUUCCCUUGAAUUUUAAUAGCACUGAUAGCAUUCCUGAUUGUAGAAGUCGUCAAGAUUCUGUACAAUUGAAUCUUUCCUCUAUUGAGAUUGAGAUUCCUGAUGAAUUACCAGUAAGCUUGGGGACUGAUAUGACACCUACGAAUCGAACCACUUUCAACCCAAGAGUGUCAAGGAGAGGUACUAUUGUUGAUGUUACUACGGCUACUGCAACUACUUCUAAUAAUAAUAAUAGUAGUAGUAAAUUGACUAGUCCUACAAGCAAUAAUUUUGAAACUCGAAAAUCUUUGCCUAGUAUUCCUCCAUUACCAACCUCGAGACGAAGAUAUUCUACGCCAUCCAAAAAUUUAUUUUUAAUCAAUACUAAUCUAAGUAAUACUGCUUCGCCAAUCAAAACAAAUUCAAUUAGUAGUCUUAACAGUUCAAGCAUUAGUAGUAGUAAUACUCCUUAUAUUUUCAAUCCUAAUUCUAAAUGUAAUUCACCGAUAAUCUUUACUGGCAAAUCGUCAUAUUCUAAUUCACCAUUAGAGAUAGAAAGUACUACUAAUAAUAUUAAUGCAAAUAAUAAUAACAAUAGACACGGUAAUUGCAUUAGUGAGAUUUAUGAGAAGAAAAUUCGUAAUGUGACGCGAUUAAAUAAAUUGAAUAAUGGUAAUUACAAGAUUAAAAGAUCAUCAUCUAUUACUAAUGAUUAUAUGAGUUGUAAUAAACUUCAAAUGCCUGUCCCCUUAACCAUGAAACACAUGGAUAGUACUAAUACUAGUACUACCACCACUACAAAAGAAAACAUGAAGUUACAUAUCAAUACAUCUACAAGCACGAUCAAUCAAUUUGGUGUUAAUACAAACAUAAGCCAUAAUAUAUCAAUGACACCAAUCAAUCAAAAACCCAGGAAUCCUACAGAGCCUACAAAAUCUUCUAGUAAUAUUUCUAUGGCUACUACAAUCAAUACUACAACCAAUGUAUAUGAUUCAUAUAAUUGUAAGAUGGAACCUCCCAUGGAGAAUUUGAAUAUGAGUUUUUUACAUGAUUUCCAAUUAAUUCAUGAUUUGAAUGAUCAAGGAAUGAGAAACCAAUGGGUUGAUCAAAAGACACAAUUAUUGAAUGGUUUAAAUGGAUUACUUCAACAAUUUGAUAAAAGUCUUCAUGCUAUGGAAAACACGUUAAUCAAUCAAUUAAGUGACUCUCCAAGUACAAAUUCAUCCAUAUCAUCACUUACUCCAGAUAUCACAAAAUGCAAUACCCGUAAUUCCACAGAUAUAGAGUUUGAUACCGACACAGAAGUGUAUUUGACACCUAUGUGA